GAGCGCACUGAGAAAUACUGAACGAUAGCCUACUGUUGAAUCCAACUUUGGCUGAAUCUAUCAAACGAAACGAAGAGUCCGCACACAUUGGACUCACUCUAAGCAACUGUUUAGGCUACUUUAUAAUCAUGAUCAAGAAAACGUCCCCUUCCGAUAACGAUUUCGAUAUCCCGGCGAAGAAUUGCUGUAGGAUGGUGAUUUUGGGAUCCACCAAGGUGGGCAAAACAGCCAUCGUGUCCCGGUUUCUGAACGGUAGAUUCGAUGAGGAGCAGUACACGCCGACCAUCGAGGACUUUCACAGGAAACUGUAUAGCAUUAAGGGAGAUGUAUACCAACUGGACAUAUUGGAUACCUCAGGCAACCACCCGUUCCCUGCUAUGAGGAGACUAUCCAUACUGACAGGUAAAUAUUCCAUCUCCAGUUAUUGCGACUCAAAACGUGCAUGUCCAAUAGCAAUCUGCAGUCGUGCAUUUUAGUAACCUCAAGGGUGUGUGCACUGUGCGCGCAUUUUGCAUUGGCUGCACAACGCGCCACAGGUGCCAUUACGCAUGGAAAUACUGUAGCCUAUGUCAAUGUGUUUCUUAGAAGCUCUGAUACUAAAUGCGUUGCUCCUCUUGUUUCCCUUCAGGUGAUGUCUUUAUCCUGGUAUUCAGCAUAGACAACAGAGACUCUUUCCAGGAGGUGCAGAGGCUCAAGCAACAGAUAGUUGAGACCAAGUCGUGCCUGAAAAACAAGACCAAGGAGAAGAUUGACGUUCCUCUGGUUAUCUGCGGAAACAAGGGCGACCGGGAGUUUUACCGGGAGGUGCAGAAUGAAGAGAUUGAGCAGUUGGUGGCGGGAGACGAGCACUGCGCAUACUUUGAGAUCUCAGCCAAGCGCAACACCAACGUGGACCAAAUGUUCCAGACCCUAUUCACCAUGGCCAAGCUACCCAAUGAGAUGAGCCCGGACCUCCACCGUAAGGUCUCGGUGCAGUACUGCGACAUGCUUCGCAGUAAGUCCCUGAAAAAUAAGAACAAGAAGAACAAUGGAGACGCGUACGGCGUCGUGGCGCCAUUAGCUCGGCGCCCGAGCGUCCACAGUGACUUGAUGUACAUAAAGGAGAAGGCGAUCGGUGGGCAGGGAAAGGAUAAAGAGAGAUGUACUAUCAGCUAAGACUGUGAGAUGAAUCUUAUAGAAUAUCUUGAAACCGAAAAGGAUGUGCUUCAUUUGUGAUGCACCUGACAGACGGGGCUUGGGGGCGCAAGGCUGCCCAUGCGGCUUACCGUCGCUCGGUAGUGGGGACACUUGAGACAGCGAUGCCGAGAGCCGAUGUGCUCCGGGCGCAAUGACACUGUCUAGAUUCAGACACUCCGCACACGUGGAAGUGCAUGUCCACGAGACUUUUAAGAAUGUUACUU